AGUUACAUAACAACAAAAGUUGCCUACUAUUUUUAUUAUUUGAUUGGAACUUUCUUGUUCUAGAUGUUGAAGACUUUGUAUUUCCAUCUGGCUGUUCUUAUGUUGGAGAAAUUGAACUGAAUUUAAACGAUACGCCGAGGGAUGUGGAGUUCAUAACACCAGAUUCCAUCCCAGACAACUUCAAAGAAGAAAACUACUCUGAAAUGCUGUGUCAACCGCUUAGCACCAUAAAAUCCUCUUCUGUGAGAGAUAACGCCAUAGAUUUUGUCAGAGCCAACGAUCAAAGUUACUUUUCAUCUGAAAUUUACAGAAGUCCAAGGCCAGCACCUCAUAUACCUUACUAUAGUGGUUUUAAUUCCUGUUUAGAGAAGCUGGAUUCUUCUACCACUCCUCCUUUACAGAUCUCAGAACCACCAGAUGUUAAAAGAGGUCGUGGAAGACCAAAGGGAUCAUAUAGUAAACAAACUUUAUGUACUUCGUAUUACCAAUCUGCAAAAGUACAGCCAAAUGUUAAAAGAGGCCGUGGAAGACCAAAAGGAUCACAAAGUAAAAACUAUUUGCUUGCUAUGUACCACCUCUCCGAUAACAUACUAUCAAGUAAGAAAUUAAAAACAGAGGAUGAACCCACUAUUAACAAACCAAAUGAAAUGCAGCAAACAUCAAAGCAUUUGAAAAAUACAAUGAUUCUCAACAAAGAAGAAACCUGUAACUUAGAAGGAAUGGAUGGAAAUACAGUUUCUGACAACUAUAAUUCAAAUGAAGACUCUCCAAUUCCGAGCCAAGAUCAGUUACCAGGCUGUAAAAAAGACUUGCUCAACAAAAUGAGGUACAUUCUUAGGUACAGUAUGAGGAAAGGAGCUGCUUUGAAGAAGAAAGAUUUAUAUAGAAAUCGAAUGCAGUUUCUACAACAGCGCAUCCCACAAGAAAAAAUGCUAUUUGACCAAUCGCUUCUCAAUAGUGAUCAGAAAUCUUUAUCAGGCAAACAUGAGACAUCUAAUAAAAAUGUAUCAGAAGACAAAAGUCCAAUUAUUGACUACCAAUCAGAUAGCAUUAGUUUCAAUCAGUCAAGUAAUAGUCAGUUUGAGGGAAAUUCAUCAGGUGGAGCAAAAAGUAGUGCAGGAGUUGGAGGGAUUACGCCUCAAGAAUGUGAAGCCAAUAUUGAAUCCUCAAGUUUAACUGUUGAAACUCCUGGACAAGUAAAGAAAGCUGAAGGAUUGUGUGUUUCAGUAAGAACUGAUAUCUUUUGUUCUGACACUGCUUUAAAAAAUGUCAAGAAAAGUGCUAAGAAGAUCACUAAAUGUGUUGAACUUCCUGAUAAAAAUUCAAUACCAGAUAUCAGUAAAAACUUAAAUUUAAGUUUGAACCCUGUCCCAACAACUGUUGAUGACAGUAAUCUAAGUCUUAGCAAUGAUACAACUAGUAAAAACACUUCUAAAAAGAUGCCUGUGUUAGAGAUUGCUACGAUAAACACAACCAAAACUCAUGAGCCCAAUAGUAAUUCAGAGCUAGAGGCUUCUGUAAAAGCUACCAAUGUUAACGAUUUCAAAAUCUUGAAUAAAGAAGUAGCUAAAAAUUACUCAUUAGAAAUGCCAGUCCUUGAAGUAUUCAAUCAAGCAACGUUUGACGGGAAGAUUGACUGUAAAUCAAAAGUAAGACAGGAGAACGGCAAAUGGGUUUGCGAAUGUGGAAAAGCGUUCCAGCAUAGAAACUCUAUUUGGAAUCACCUUCGGUAUCAAUGUGGCAAACAGAAGCAGUUCAUUUGUACCAUUUGUCAGAAACAGUUUGCCAGAAAACACGGUUUGCAGGGUCAUAUGCAAUACCAACACGACAAGUCAAUCUGAAACCACAACAUCUACUAUGUUGCAUCGAUUAUCAUAGUAUUGAAAACUAUUUAAUAUGCAAGCCUACAGUUGCACAUUAUGGAAGAGGUUCGGUUAAUGCAAAUAUGGAGCCAUUAUUUGCUGGAAUCUUCUUGCUUAUUGUCAUGCAGGUUUUGUCAACUGUUCUCACAACUUCAAAGAAUAUUUUACACUAUUUCUGUAACUUCACGCUCUUUAUCGAUUGGUAUUUUGACAGAAUUAUUUAAAUUUAUGUCCUAGUAUAGUCAAAAUAAGUAUGGUAGUAAAAAAUUUCGGCUAAUGUCCCUGAUACUGCCAUUUGAAACACGUGACUCAUAGGCUUUUGUCAAGGUACAAGUAUUUUUAAAUGGGGAAUAGAGUACAGUUAUUAUUUUUUCUUAGGUCUCAGAUUCAAGACAGUAUUGCAAAGCAAAGUGGGAUCACUUUUAUUGAAAUAUUAUUGUUUUUGGUUCAUCUAAUAACUAUUAUUUGAAGUUGAAGGAAUUUACUUUCAACCAAUACAUGCUGUGUACGCAUAAUUUUGGCGAAAUAACAGAUCAAUAAAUUUUACCAACUAUUUUUUAUUGUGACUGGUUUAGAUCAUUUUGAAAGUUUCUUUUAUUUUGACUGGUUUAGUUUGGAAGUAUUUUUGUAUCGUGGUCCUUACACAGUAAAUGAAAUACAUUAAAUUGAUAAAAAUCUGUUACCAUUUUUCAAAGUCUAGUUUAGCAUAAGGAAUACCUAUCAUUAUUUAUUUGUUGAAUAAUACAAUUUUUGUAAAUAGAUUCUGUGAGGAAUGUUUCUUUUUUACUAUUCAUCAAAUGAAUAUUAUUUUCUUGGAAUUAAGAAUAUUGGUGAGCAUAUUUUUAAGGAGAUUAUGUUGUUUUUAGUCAAUGACAUUUUAUGAAUCACACGUGCCUAAGUAAUGUAAGUUAA